GACGUCCGAGCGUAAUCAGUGUGCAUCCAAGAGUUUCUUUGUUUAACUUGGAGGGUUCCGUCGGGUUCACAAACACCGACUGUCCGUCCUACGCGACCCGCGGAUUCUUUUUUCAAUAAUCCUGCGAUACGAUGAUGUCCGGUUCGGUACCGCGGCCUUCCGCAGUGACGAUCUCGCCGUCGGCUGCGGCCAGCGUCGCCGCCAGCGCCGUCACGGUGCUCCAGGAGCAACAGGCGUCCCAAAGUGCUAGUUCUUCGGACCAGGUCCAGCAGUUAGAUAAAAGUGAGAUCAAUGACGCCGUCACCAAGGUGCUGCAGGGGUACGACUGGACUCUGGUGCCCAUCGCCUCUAAAGCUGCCUCUGACAAGAGGAAGUUGCACGUCAAAAGGCCGAUGAAUGCCUUCAUGGUGUGGGCACAAGCUGCUAGGAGGAAGUUGGCCGACCAGUACCCACAACUCCACAACGCGGAACUGUCAAAAACCUUGGGAAAGUUGUGGAGAGUCUUGAGCGACAACGACAAAAAGCCGUUCAUCGAAGAGGCAGAGCGACUGCGCGUGAUCCACAAACGGGAACAUCCCGAUUACAAGUACCAGCCGAGACGCAGGAAGCAGCACAAGGGUCCGGAAUCGAUGCAUCAGCUGCCCCACGGACAAAACGUGACGUUCUCCCGAUCCCUCAAGCAAGAAGACUCGCCUUGUAGCCCCCGAAGCCACAGUUCCACCUCUCCAUCCACCUGUUCCUCUCAACCGCACAGUCCUCAGAUCUCCUCGCAACUGAUGAAAUCUUGCGAGCAGCACGGGUUGGACCUGGAGUCGUACCACAGGAUACCAGAAAUCGACAGCAGUUACAUGACAGACGACUGCUUGGACAGCAGCGAUUUGGACCAGUAUUUGCCCACCGAGGCGCAGUACCAACAAAUGUACCUCAAACACAGUUUGGAGGAAGAUGAGAGCAACAACAACUACAAGAACAAGAGGUUGUGUACUGAGAGCAUGGCUCAGAGUGCGGAGAACUACGAGGAGUCCAACGGGUCCUUCGGGAGGUACCACGAGCUGCAGCCCAGUUCUGUGGUGAAGUCGGAGAGAUAUAUCCAUUCGAGUUCCUCAGGGAUAUACUCGUACCAGUCCGGGAUGCCGCUUUCCUCUUCGUCCUCUUACUAUUCGAACAACAAUCACCAGUAUUUGCCUUCGUACCAGUAUUUGCCCCAGAGGCCGAUGUUCGGUUCUUCUUCUGCCAUCGGGAAUUAUGCUGCGGUUGAGGGGAAUAACGAUUCUUGGGGUCAUUACAGCAUGUGAACCGUGAGACUUUGGUGAGUGUAUUUAGUGUAUAUACUGUUCCUUCCCAGUGACUUAUGCAGGUAAUUCUACUCAAAAAUAUCAAUAUUAUAACAGCAACUGGAUUUAUACCUAACUGCAACUUAAAAAUAACUGUACUACUAUUAGAGUAUUGGUCAGUUUUGAUUUGGUCAACUUGGUCACCAAUCCAACAGGUCAUAGAACAUGCGACAUGAAAGUACCGUAUCUUUAGGUCGCUUUUGAAGGGUUCCGGACUUAAGCAAGUUACUGUUUCAAUUUUGAUAAACAUGUUUCAGUCAAAAUGUCAGUACAAGUGAUUUAAGAACUCCUUACAACAUAUUGGACAAAGAGCUAAACUCCUAUUUGGUGUUUUUGUUGUUAACUAUUUCAAUAAUAUGUAAUGACUUUUAGGCAGAAGCUUGAGUCCUUAAAAACUGUCCUGAAGAUGAGGUGCAUGUUGUAGAUACCGAAACCAACCCAAUAAUGACCUUACCUUUAUCAAUUUUGAACUUUGCAUGAAUUGUAUUUCUAUGUACCUGGUUCAAGUCUUCUGAGUCUAUGAAGAGUUGUUAUUUUGUUUUCAAGUCCCAGAAUCUUUCCUUGUUUUUCCUUUCUUGGCUGUUCGCAAUUUUCCAUCCCGACCUCUUCCCGCUCGAUGAGAGUUGCAUCCAUAUAUUUUUUAAUCUUUUUAACAUUAACCUUCUCCGUUUCUUGUUAUCUCCCCACCGCAACUGUCAUUCUUGACGCAAUCUGUCGAUUAUCCCUUCAGGACCAGGUAGUCGUUCUCUUAAAUCUAUGAAUGUACUUUAAUCAAGGGUAUAGAUUCAUUUGCAGUGCCUUCUCUAUCUGUACAGUUCAUAGACGUGUUUGAGGGUUAACUCUGGCGAGUAUAUUAUUCCUUUUAAUUAUGUUUAGGUCCCGUGCAGACAAUUUUUAGUAGUUGUUCUGUAUACAGGGUGUCUCUAAACUUCAUACAAAAAUGUCGAGUACAAAUAGACGAG